ACAAUCUUCUUCACCCUCACCUCACCCACCUAGACCUCCACCUCCUUAUCCAAUAAUUUAUUAUAUAUCUUCAGAUGAUGGAUUCUCUGCCAAUUUGUUGAAUGAUACCUUUUUUUUGUUACACUUAGGCAUAUUAUAGCUGAGAAUCAGAGGAGACAAAGCCAAAAAGCGCUUCUUACUAAGAGGAUUGACAAGUACAGGGAUUUUAUGAAGACUUUGAUAAGAUGCUUCGGCAUUACAAAAUUUUGGCUGUCGCCGUGACUAGUUAUGUAUGCUAUAUCUGGUGUGCUUUACAUUGACGAAAUGGGUUAUGCUAUGAGUAGAUUAGAGAUAGAAUCCAGUCUCUCUGAAGAUGGAAAUGCCAUCCAUGAAGAUUCUAGCAGUCGGCAAACUAAAAAACUAUUGAAAAAUUUGGACAAUGACAUUGCUCAGAUAACAAAGUUGAAGUCAACACCCCAUCAACGACUAGUCCAUGGAACUGGAAGGCCAGAGUUACCUGUUUCCCCUGUGAAGUUGCUGGCAGGUCGGGAGGCUAAUUAUUCAGGACGGGGAAGGUUUUCUUCUGCCGAUCGUUGUCAUCUCUUGAGCAGAUAUUUGCCUGUAAAUGGUCCCUGGCUUAUUGACCAAAUGGCUAGUCGAGCAUAUGUGUCUCAGUUUUCAGCUGAUGGUUCUCUUUUUGUUGCUGGGUUCCAGGGAAGCCACAUAAGAAUAUACAAUGUGGACAAAGGUUGGAAAGUUCAGAAGAACAUUCUAACCAAAAGUUUGAGAUGGACAAUCACUGACACAUCUCUUUCCCAUGAUCAACGCUAUCUUGUUUAUGCCAGCAUGUCACCAAUUGUAAACAUUGUAAAUGUUGGAUCUGCCGAAACAGAGUCCCUAGCAAAUGUUACGGAGAUUCAUGAUGGUUUGGAUUUUUCAUCAAGUGACGAUGGAGGAUACUCUUUUGGAAUUUUCUCAGUGAAAUUCUCAACAGAUGGUAGAGAAUUAGUUGCAGGAAGUAGUGGUGAUUCUAUAUAUGUAUAUGAUCUUGAAGCAAAUAAGCUUUCACUUCGAAUUUUAGCACACAUGUCUGAUGUGAACACUGUAUGUUUUGCUGAUGAAACUAGCCAUCUUAUUUACUCUGGCAGUGAUGAUAGUUUCUGCAAGGUCUGGGAUCGGCGUUGCUUAAUUUCUAAAGGCAAACCAGCAGGGGUCUUGAUGGGACAUCUUGAGGGCAUUACAUUUAUUGAUAGUCGUGGAGAUGGACGUUAUUUCAUUUCAAAUGGUAAAGAUCAGACCAUCAAACUUUGGGACAUACGCAAAAUGUCAUCCAAUGUUACCUGCAAUCCUGGGUAUAGAACUUAUGAGUGGGAUUACAGGUGGAUGGAUUACCCACCUCAAGCUAAAGAUUUGAAUCACCCUUGUGAUCAGUCAGUGGCUACAUAUAGAGGCCAUUCAGUCUUACGCACUCUUAUCCGCUGCUAUUUCUCCCCAGCUUUUAGCACUGGACAGAAGUACAUCUACACUGGAUCACACAACGCAUGUGUUUAUGUAUAUGAUUUGGUGAGUGGAGCUCAAGUUGCAACACUGAAGCACCAUAAAUCACCUGUAAGAGAUUGUAGUUGGCACCCGUUCCACACUAUGCUUGUUAGCUCUUCUUGGGAUGGGGAUGUCGUGAAAUGGGAAUUUGCUGGGAGUGGUGAUAUACCUGCCUCUUCGACCAAGAGGGUAUUUAGAAGGCAUUUUUAUGAAAAUUACCUAUGAUGUCACUCAAGUCAGUUAUGAAAUGAUCUGGGAGAACCAUACCAUGUUAUGAAGUUGUAAAUGGAGUUUGACAUAAUAAGGUAGGAUAUGAACUACCACAAAAUCUUGUACAUAAAUAACCACAUUAAUCGAGAUUGCGAUUGAUGCAUCUGUAUGCAGUGUCUGUAUUAAUUUAGUAAUAUUGCAGCAGUGCAUCAGUUAUUGGUGUUGUCUCCAUAUCUAGACUUCUGCCUGGUGCUUUUGCUCAAGCAUUCGCGGGUACACUUUAUGCCUAAUUAUUGUGCAGCACAUUUUUGUAAAGAUCAGGA